AUGGAAAAUAAAGUAUUACUUUCGGAAAAAUCUUCUUUCAAAAACCUUAAACAGUAUUUUGAAGAUAAUAAAAAUGAAUUAAACAUAAAUAAAUUAUUUACGGAAGAUCCUAAUAGGUUCGAAAAAUUCAGCUUAAAAUUGUUAACUCCAUCAGAUGGGGAAAUUUUAAUUGAUUAUUCAAAAAAUAGAAUAAAUCAAAAGGUUUUAGACUUACUUUUGGCACUGGCCAGAGAAUGCAAAGUAGAGGAAAAUCGAGAUGCAAUGUUUGAAGGAAAAGUAAUUAAUGUUACAGAGAAGAGAUCAGUCCUUCAUGUUGCCCUAAGAAAUCGUUCUAAUUCUCCUAUAUUUGUAAAUGGUGAAGAUGUCAUGCCUAAUGUUAACUCAGUUCUUAAUCAUAUGAAAGAAUUUACAGAAGAAGUUUUGUCUAAAAAAUGGCUUGGUUUUACUGGAAAAGAAAUUACAAAUGUUGUAAACAUUGGUAUUGGAGGUUCAGAUUUAGGACCAUUGAUGGUAACUGAAGCACUUAAACAAUAUGCUGUUGGUCCAAAAGUACAUUUUGUAUCAAACAUUGAUGGCUCUCAUUUGGCAGAAGUCCUUAAAUGUCUCAAUCCAGAAACAACUCUCUUCAUCAUAGCUAGCAAAACAUUUACAACUCAAGAAACUAUAACAAAUGCCUUAUCAGCUAGAGAAUGGUUUCUUAAAUAUUCUAAUGAUGUGGGAUCUAUAGCCAAACAUUUUGUCGCAAUAUCAACCAAUGCUGCCAAAGUAAAAGAAUUUGGAAUAGAUGAAAAAAAUAUGUUUGUGUUUUGGGAUUGGGUCGGAGGAAGAUAUUCUUUGUGGUCAGCUAUUGGUUUAUCCAUAUCUCUUUAUUUAGGAUUUGAAAAUUUCAAAAAGUUAUUAGAAGGUGCUUACUUUAUGGAUUGUCAUUUCAAAUCAGCUAGUUUAGAAAAAAAUGCUCCAGUUAUUUUAGCAUUGCUAGGAAUUUGGUAUUCAAACUUUUAUAAUGCUGAAACACAUGCUAUUUUGCCUUAUGAUCAGUAUUUACAUCGUUUUCCCGCAUAUUUUCAACAGGGAGAUAUGGAAUCCAACGGAAAAUACAUCACCAAAAAUGGAGAGCAAGUCAAUUAUUCGACUGGUCCUAUUAUAUGGGGAGAACCUGGUACAAAUGGACAGCAUGCUUUUUAUCAACUUAUUCAUCAGGGUACUCGUUUAAUACCUUGCGAUUUUAUUGCAAGCGUUCACCCGGCUCAACAUACAACCAUUGAUAGUAUGAAACAUCACACAAUUCUUUUGGCAAAUUUCUUAGCACAGACGGAAGCACUGGCCAAGGGAAAAACCGAAAAUGAAGCUAAGAAAGAAUUAGAAGCAUCUGGUAUGGAUGAAAAAGACAUUAUUCGAUUAUUGCCUCAUAAAGUAUUUACUGGAAACAGACCAACAAAUUCAAUUGUCAUUAAAAAAUUAACACCCUUUACUUUGGGAUCUCUAAUUGCUUUAUACGAACAUAAAAUAUUUGUUCAAGGUGUGAUUUGGGAUAUUAAUUCUUUCGAUCAAUGGGGUGUUGAAUUGGGAAAACAAUUAGCAAAAGUUAUUGAAACGGAAUUAAAACACGAUAAAUGUAUAAACUCACACGAUUCAUCUACCAACGGUAUUAUUAAUUUUAUUAAAAAAAAUUGGUGA